AGUAAACGUUUCCACCCUUGCCGCCGUCUGCAAGACCUGGCAAGAUAUCGUCGAACGACAACUAUUUCGAAGUCUGACAGUAGUCUCCACUGGCGAAAAGGAUAAUAGAGGUGUCACAAAUGGCUUUGAUCAUUCGACGUACCUCCCCUCAAAUGAUAUGCGAGUAUUUCAGGUACCAGACGAGAUAUUAUUUGGCGGCACUUGGGAGGUCCCCAAAACAACAUGUUUACUCGGCACUAGGAGCCAUGCGCUUAAUGAUUACAGGCGCCUUCAAUUUCUUCAUUCAGUAUCAGCGCCAUUGUUACUACCUGAGGUAAACUGUAUCUCCAAGCUCCUGAUUCGCCGAAAAGACUUUCCAAAUAUUAAUCUAUUCUCCUUGACAAUCAUGAUGCACUCAUUGACAUGUCUGGAAUCUGUGCAUAUUGAGCGCUGGUCUUAUGGCAACGUAAUAUACGAGGGUGCAUAUGAACGGUGUUUCAUGUCUAGCUUCAACUUACCACAGUCUGUUAAAGACUUUUCCUUUUAUCAAGACAACAACACUCUCUACUAUCAUCGCCUGGUUGGAGCAAACCAUGUGGUGGAAACUAUGAUGUCUGGAUUACUAUCAAAGGUAGCUGAGAUGGCAGAAAAUAUUGCUAUCUCACACGCUUACGAAGCCAAAGUUAUCUUUAAACAUCCUUACGCUUGGCGGUUCAAGAAAUUGAAGACGCUUGCGUUGACCUCGGUGGUCUUGGCAGUCUGCGACGAACACGCGGUCAAUAGCUUGUUGUGCCGGGUAGCGAAGGCGGCAAAGGAAAUACCCAAGCUUGAGACUCUUGAGAUUUGGGGCUACAAAACAUUGUACCAAGUGCCACCGUAUGACAAGAUAACUUCUGUUGCUAUCUUCACAUAUAAGAGACUUGAUCAAUUCAACAGCUGCAUAAGCUGGAAGUCUAAUUCAUCUUUCAAGAUGUCAGAGGAAACACAAGCGCACUGGAAUGAUGUUGCCGAUGGCCAGGAUGCCAAUGUCUCGUUGAAAUACUUGGAAUUAGAUCCGAAUGUGUCCAGUAUUGGGGCAAUCCAUAAUCAUCUAGCGUUGAUGGACAGGAUUCUUCAUAACACUUCCUGGGCUCAAGUAUAG